AUGGCUGAUCGCGGCGGUGAGCGUGGCAGCUUUGGCCGUGGCUUUGGUGGACGUGGUGACCGCGGCCGCGGCCGCGGUGCUCGCCGCGCUCGCGGCAAGAAGGAGGAUGAGGAGAAGUGGGUACCCUGCACCAAGCUUGGCCGCCUCGUGCAGCAGGGCAAGAUUAAGUCCCUGGAGCAGAUCUACCUGUUCUCUAUGCCUGUUAAGGAGUACCAGAUUGUGGAGUAUUUCCUGGGCUCUGCACUGAAGGAUGAGGUUAUGAAGAUUAUGCCCGUGCAGAAGCAGACGCGUGCCGGCCAGCGCACCCGCUUCAAGGCUUUCGUCGUCGUCGGUGACCACAACGGCCACAUCGGUCUGGGCGUCAAGUGCGCUAAGGAGGUUGCCACCGCCAUCCGCGGUGCUAUCAUCCAGGCUAAGAUGUCCGUUGUUCCAGUCCGCCGCGGUUACUGGGGCAACAAGAUUGGUAAGGUGCACACAGUGCCUACCAAGGUCACGGGCAAGUGCGGCUCCGUAACUAUCCGCUUGACGCCCGCGCCCCGUGGCGCCGGUAUCGUGGCGGCGCGCACCCCAAAGAAGGUGUUGCAGAUGGCUGGCAUUGAGGACUGCUACACUUGCUCGCGUGGGUCGACCAAAACCCUGGGCAACUUCGUGCGCGCCACCUUCAACGCUCUGUCGAAGACCUAUGGCUUCCUUACGCCCGAUCUGUGGCGGGAGAGCAAGUACACUAAGGCCCCAUUCCAGGAGUUCACGGAUUUCCUGGCGAAGCCUACCCUGGGCGAGGCUAAGGCUGAAGCGUAUGCUUACUAAGUGUACUUCGAGCAUGUAAAUCCUGCGGUCAAGCUUUCGCCAUCUUCGUUCCGCACACUAUCCAUGGAAAAGCAUGCCGCACCGCGAGCAAUGUAACUUCGCUGCUGCGUU